UUGAUGUGACCACAGCACUGCCCUUGCAAGUUGCACCGACUUCAGUCCCGAUGGAUCUGCGCUUGGACCACCAGUUUUCCAUGCCCGUGACAGAGCCGACGCUGCGGGAACAGCAGCUGCAGCAGGAGCUCCUGGCACUCAAGCAGAAACAGCAGAUCCAGAGACAGAUCCUCAUAGCUGAGUUCCAGCGGCAGCACGAGCAGCUCUCCCGGCAGCAUGAGGCCCAGCUGCAUGAGCACAUCAAACAGCAGCAGGAGAUGCUGGCCAUGAAGCAUCAGCAGGAGCUGCUGGAGCACCAGAGGAAGUUGGAGCAGCACCGACAGGAGCAGGAGCUGGAGAAGCAGCACCGAGAGCAGAAACUUCAGCAGCUAAAAAACAAAGAGAAAGGAAAAGAGAGUGCAGUGGCAAGCACAGAAGUCAAGAUGAAAUUACAAGAAUUUGUCUUAAAUAAGAAGAAAGCCUUGGCACACCGGAAUCUCAACCACUGUAUAUCCAGUGACCCUCGCUUCUGGUAUGGGAAGACCCAGCACAGCUCUUUGGACCAGAGCUCCCCACCCCAAAGUGGCGUAUCCGGCACCUACAAUCACCCUGUUCUGGGGAUGUAUGAUUCCAAAGAUGACUUCCCACUCAGAAAAACAGCAUCUGAACCCAACCUGAAGUUACGAUCCAGACUAAAGCAGAAAGUUGCUGAAAGACGGAGCAGCCCCCUCUUGCGCAGGAAAGAUGGUCCCGUGGUUACCGCUCUGAAGAAGCGCCCGCUGGAUGUCACAGACUCUGCAUGCAACAGUGCUCCUGGAUCUGGUCCCAGCUCUCCAAACAACAGCUCCAAUAACAUAAGCACCGAGAAUGGAAUUGCAGGAUCAGUCACGAGUAUUCAAGCAGAGACCAGCCUGGCUCACAGACUUGUGAAUCGUGAAGGCUCCGUUACACAGCUUCCACUCUACACAUCUCCUUCUUUGCCCAACAUCACGCUAGGACUGCCUGCAACUGGCCCUUCCAGUGGAGGGUCAGCGCAGCAAGAUGCAGAGAGACUUACUAUCCCAACCUUACAGCAGCGGAUCUCUUUAUUUCCUGGCACUCACCUCACUCCCUACUUGAGCACUACAACGUUGGAAAGAGAUGGGGGAACUGCACAUAACCCUCUUCUGCAACACAUGGUCUUACUGGAACAGCCAACUGCACAAACUCCCUUAGUCACAGGACUGCCCCUCCAUGCACAGUCUCUGGUUGGUGGAGAACGGGUCUCCCCUUCAAUACACAAACUCCGGCAGCAUCGCCCGCUGGGGCGCACGCAGUCUGCUCCCCUUCCCCAGAACGCCCAGGCCCUCCAGCAGUUAGUGAUCCAGCAGCAGCACCAGCAGUUCUUGGAGAAACACAAACAGCAAUUCCAGCAGCAGCAACUGCACAUCAACAAGAUUAUAUCAAAACCCAACGAACCAGCUCGCCAGCACGAAAGCCACCCUGAGGAGACAGAAGAAGAGUUACGGGAACACCAAGCCCUUUUGGAGGAGCCAUACAGCGACAGAGUUACAAGCCAAAAGGAGGCUCCAGGCUUGGCCAACAUGGUGCAAGUGAAGCAAGAACCCAUCGAGAGUGAUGAGGAGGAAGCAGAGCCACAGCAGGAGCUGGAGUCUGGGCAGAGGCAGGCUGAGCAGGAGCUGCUCUUCCGUCAGCAAGCCCUUCUGUUGGAGCAGCAACGGAUCCACCAGCUGAGGAACUACCAGGCGUCGCUGGAGGCAGCCGGCAUGCCUGUCUCCUUCGGAGGCCAUCGGCCCCUGUCCCGCGCCCAGUCCUCGCCCGCCUCGGCCACCUUCCCGAUGUCCGUACAGGAGCCACCCACUAAGCCAAGAUUCACAACAGGCCUUGUAUACGACACCUUGAUGCUGAAACACCAGUGUACCUGUGGAAACACCAACAGCCACCCAGAGCACGCGGGGCGGAUCCAGAGCAUCUGGUCCCGGCUCCAGGAGACGGGUCUUCGUGGCAAGUGUGAGUGCAUCCGUGGAAGAAAAGCAACUCUAGAAGAGCUGCAGACAGUCCACUCUGAAGCCCAUACGCUGCUGUACGGCACAAACCCUCUGAACAGACAGAAACUGGACAGCAAGAAACUUCUGGGUUCCCUAACGUCGAUGUUUGUCAGGCUUCCUUGCGGUGGUGUCGGGGUUGACAGUGACACCAUUUGGAAUGAAGUUCACUCGUCUGGUGCCGCUCGCCUUGCCGUGGGUUGUGUCAUUGAGCUUGUUUCCAAAGUAGCCACAGGAGAACUGAAGAAUGGAUUUGCUGUUGUUCGGCCUCCAGGUCACCAUGCAGAAGAGAGCACACCCAUGGGGUUCUGCUAUUUUAACUCCGUGGCAAUCGCAGCCAAGCUGCUCCAGCAAAGACUGAAUGUUAGCAAAAUCCUUAUAGUGGACUGGGAUGUUCACCACGGGAACGGUACUCAGCAAGCUUUCUACAAUGAUCCUAAUGUUCUUUAUAUUUCACUACAUCGCUAUGAUGAUGGGAACUUCUUUCCAGGCAGUGGUGCUCCUGAUGAGGUUGGCACAGGAGCAGGAGUUGGUUUCAACGUUAACAUGGCCUUUACUGGUGGCCUAGAUCCACCGAUGGGAGACACAGAAUACUUAACUGCUUUCAGAACGGUAGUAAUGCCCAUUGCCAAUGAGUUUGCCCCAGAUGUUGUGCUGGUGUCCUCUGGUUUUGAUGCGGUGGAAGGCCAUCCCACACCUCUUGGAGGAUAUAAUCUAUCAGCAAAAU